GUCAGAAAUUCGGAGCUUUGUAGCUUCUCUGUGCCUUCACUAUAAUGGCGGCAAUAUCCUCUGUUCAAUGCUUAUUCUCUUGCAAUUCUCAUCAUCAUCAAGGCGACCAGAGUGGGUCGCUUUGGAGAUUGGGUUCUAGGGUUUUAGUAUCUUCGAGUCUAUGGAAGCUUUCUCUGUUCUCUGGAUUCAAUUUGAAGCGAAGGAGAACUUUGAUCUGUGCAGUCAAGGGAGAUCCAGAAGAUGCGUUUAAGAAGACUGUCGAAAUCGAUAGGAUGAUUGAUGCUCUUAGAGAUGCAAACCCUAGACAAGUUGAGAAGAUUGUUGUUGAAAAUAUCCUUGCUUUUGAUGAGAAGGACUAUGAGGAGUUAGCUACAACCGUAAUGACUAUAGUUGACUGCGUUGUGAAUAAGACUCGGGAAAAGAUAGAAACGUCUACUGAUAUUCUGAAAGGGAUUUUAAGACCGGCUAUAGAUGGAGUGGAAGAGAUUUCAUGGCCUCCAAGAGAUCCUGAAGCCAUCAAUCUAAUGGAAAAGGAAAUAAUACAACGAGAAAAAGAAGGGCAAUUAGAUGAAGGAUUUCUUUCAGAAGUUAGUGCUCAGCUCCGGCAGGUAAGUGCAAUAAUUUGCUUUGUUUCACUUACAAAUUGUUUUCAGGCAAAAGAAGAUAAAGACAAACCAGGGUUAUUGGCUAUGCUGCAAAAAGUUCUUCAACUCUAUUCUGCUACUAUCCUCUCCAAGCGUAGCUACGCAAAGAAAGGGAACGAAAUUGUUAAAGCUGAGCAUUUUCUCGAAACUCUGAUUAAAGCUCCUGAGGAACAAUGGAACAAGCUUUUCAUAGACGGAAACGAAUCGAGCGUACACUGAUUCGAACUGAAGGUGGUUCAUACCAGCAACGAAUCUUAACCGAGUAUCUCAAAGGAAUCGAGUCCAGGGCUAAUGAAAUUAUGAAAUUACU